UUCUAAUUUUUUUCUUUCUAUUUUGUUUUCCCCUUACGAAAGCCAUAUAUUUAUUCAAUAUACUAUUUUCAGGAUUAAUUCAAUUGUAAUAAACAAAAGCAAAGGUUGGUUUUGUAUUAUCACUUUCUCGAAUUUGUCACUGUCCAACGAGAUCUUGUCCACCAUGUUUGUAUGUCUUCGCGACCGACGACGCCACCGGGAUGAGAGAUGACGGAACUCAGUUACCAAGCCAUACGAACGGCUAACCAAGCUCGAGAAGCUGAUGAAGUCCGCACUGAUUCAAGAAAAAAGAAUUUGUUAAUUCUUGUUCUGAACUACCUAAAUGAAGAAGGGUACCUCGAUUCAGCAUCUAAUCUUUCGAGAGAGACUAACAUUGAUCUACGCCGCUAUGAAGUCUGUGACAAUAUUGAUCUCGAGACAAUUCUUAUGGAAUAUGAAUCCUACUACUUUGUCAAGUUUGCAAAAUAUCCAAAGAUUACAAAGAAACUUUCCCCACAAAGUGGCAUGGCAGCUGGUGCUGCCGACAAACGUGCUCAAGCCAAAGUGAGCAGAACAAACAGUCUCCAUAGACCAAAAUUUGUAAGACAGAAUGAUAGUCCUAAAUCUGCAAGUGUAAAAUCAAAUACUCCGUCCCUUCCCAGAAUCCCCCAAAAUUCUCGCCCCCCUACACCACCUCAGCAGCAGCAGCAGCAGCAGCAGCAACAGCAGCAGGCUCGACCAGCGUCAGGAAAGAGUCGGAGGAAUAUCACUUCCUCCACUCGGAAAGCAUUAUCACAUCCUGCCCUCAACGGAACUGCACUGACAAAAGAUGUUGGUGCUGCCAAUGGAAGUGCUGAUUCCCUGUCUCUCCAUGGCAUGACGGUGCAUGGCACCAAUGGUGCUGCUGAGCCACCAGUCCCUCCCACUCCAAAGGCUAGACAAAGAUUUGGCCAGAUUAUUGACAUCCGCUCCAUGAUCAACGAUGCCACAAAAAUGAAUGCAGAAGAGGGAUGUGAUCCUUCUGGCACUGAUCGCAUUUUGAAACCCCUUGGGGGCUACAUGGGCUACAACAGUGAAUGGAGAGAACUGGCCCAAGUCAUACAAAGGGACAUUUAUCAUCAAAACCCUAAUGUAAAAUGGGAUGAUAUAAUUGGUCUAGAUGAAGCAAAACGCCUAGUCAAGGAGGCAGUUGUGUAUCCCAUAAAGUACCCCCAGUUGUUCCAAGGCAUUCUUUCUCCAUGGAAAGGAUUACUGCUUUAUGGUCCUCCAGGGACUGGAAAAACCUUGCUAGCCAAAGCUGUGGCCACAGAGUGUGGCACCACUUUCUUCAACAUCUCUGCGUCAAGUAUUGUUAGCAAGUGGAGAGGUGAUUCAGAGAAACUUGUUAGGGUGCUAUUUGAGCUUGCUCGGUUCCAUGCACCAUCCACAAUCUUUCUGGAUGAGUUGGAAUCUUUGAUGAGCCAGAGAGGCUCACAGGGUGGUGGUAGUGAACAUGAAGGUAGCAGGAGAAUGAAAACAGAGCUCCUUGUACAAAUGGAUGGUCUCUCCAAAACAGAUGACCUUGUGUUCCUGUUAGCCGCAUCGAAUUUGCCGUGGGAACUGGAUCAUGCCAUGCUGAGGCGUCUUGAGAAAAGGAUUCUCGUUGAUUUGCCAACAUAUGAAGCUCGCAGAGCAAUGUUCAGGUUUCAUCUCCCCCCUGUUGUCUCAUCGAAGGAAGGAGGUCUGGAGCUGCUUUCAGAACUGGACUAUGACAUGCUAGCUGUGAAAACUGAUAGCUAUUCUGGAUCUGACAUCAAAUUGUUAUGCAAGGAAGCAGCAAUGAGGCCUGUCAGGAAAAUAUUCUUUGCUUUGGAAAACCACACAGAAGGGGAAGAGCUCCAUAUACAUCUGGAUAAAAUAAAGACAAGUGAUGUUCUUGCAGCACUGGAGCGAACAAAACCAUCUGCUAAAACAAUGAAACAGAAAUAUGUAGACUGGCAACGGGAGUUUGAAUCUGUCUAACAAAUGAUAGACCAAAUACUGUUAUUGUUGUUGUUAUUUAUUUUUUAAUUGCAUUCAAUCACAUUCCUCGUAUUUUGACCUCCUUUUAAACAAUGUGAAAUUUGAUCAUUUUGAAAAUUUAGAAUUGGGCAUUUAUUAUAUUAUCCUCCGAAAUGUCAAGAAACAUGCUAUUUUGUUCCCAGUGAUAAAAACAGAUUCUAUUGGGCUUGUGAAUGGCCUGUUUUUAUCAGUAUUAUUCUUUAUGGUCAUUCCAGUAUGCUUGCCAGUACAAAACAGAAAGGUGUGGUAAUGAUUGUGGCGCUUCAGACAGAAGUAGAAAUAGGUGGCAUGUAAGGUGCAAGGAUUUAAUGGUGGUGUCAAACUGCUUUUUUCGUUGAUAGAGAAAACAUUAUGGAUUUGAAUGGAGAGGGAUGGUGAACUUAAAUAUUAGUAAGUCUUCACCAAGAAAAGGCCACUCAUAGUAGUGGUGUCCUUAGAUUUUAUGUAAACCAGUAGGGCUGAUUGCUUAUUUUGAUGGAUAGGGUUUGUGAACCUGAAUGAUAGUAAGUCUUCACUAAAAAAAGCCACUCAUAUUAGUCCUCAGAUUUUAUGUAGACCAGUAGGGCUGAUUGCUUAUUUCAGUUGGUUAUUUUUGUUGACAUGCAAGUAACUUCUGCGCCUUCUGUUUCUUUUUAUAAUUGUGAACCUGUGUGUUCACAAGUAUGUGUGUACACAUUUGCAUUCAUGUGUGUGUUUGUGUUCAUGCAUGUCUGCAUGUGCUUGAGUGUGAGAGACGGAGUAUAUGCUGAAGUGUUGUCACCCGCCAUUUCUUGUUUGGAAUGUCUGGAGAAGUUUUAGCCCAUGUUUGCAUGUUAUUGAGAGUUGCUCCAUAAGUAAAUGUGAUAAUUUGAUUACAUGUGAUAUCAUCUCCUAUAUUGUAGUCUUGAACUGGAACUACACUUUGAUGUUGGGUAAAAAAUACAGCCACAAAUAAUAUUUAGAAUUAGAUGUAAAUAAGAUUUGUAGCAACCCAGAAGUGGUUAGGUAUCUCGGAUGAUGUUCCAUCAUUUGUCGGUCUUUUGAUGCAGGAACUUGUUUCACUGUAUCCAUGUGAGAGUGAGACUGUAUUUCAGGGAGAGGGGAGGGGGAGGUGAAAGGAGGUGGGGUGGAGAGGGUUCUGGCUCCCUAAAAUAAUGAAAUUCGAAGAAACCAGGAUUUUUCCACUGGCUGGGAAAUUGGUAUUAAAUGGGAGGGGGUCUCAACACUUUUAAAACACAUUUAAAAACCGAUUUUUAUACGGAUUUUACUUGAAGACGUUGAUCAAAUGCAUACAAAAAAUGUAAAUUUGCCUUUUCCAAGAAUACUCAAGUUUUGGAAAUGAGUAAACUAUGGCGUCCGCUUUUUCGCUAAUUUUAUUUUUAACACGAGGGGACCUCCACCUCCUUCAGUCACAAUUAUCUUGACUUCUGUUUAAGACAAAUUGAUAUUUUUUUCAUCGAAAAUAAGGCAAAUGAACAGGCUUUAAGUUAAUACGAGUAACUUCAUUUUCCCCAAAAUGGACGAGAGCCUGAUUCCGCCAUAUGAAACAAAUGACUGACAGUUACAAUGGUCCUGAGAUUAUGAAUUGAAUGUGCAUUAUAAAAAUCUUUUCUUGAAAAGUAGUUCCAAAAGGAAAAACCAGUGAGCUUUUUUUUUAUCUAUUAUAGUUUCCUUUUUUGGGGUGUGUGGUGGAAGGUUAUUUGUCAGAUUCAUUGAUUUUAGGAAGUCUCAAGAAUCUUGGCAAGAUACUGUCUAGCACGCUCGUAGUGAAUAAGCACAUAGUGAACAUGCACUUAGUGAACAGAUUUUCAGGUCCCUAAUUUUUUCUUACAUGCAUGUAUAUUCUUAGUAUUUCAAACAUAUACAUAGUGAAAUUAGUACACAGGAAAAAGAUAUCUGUGCCUGCCACUUUCGCAAUAUGCGUACUAGACUGUAAUUGACACACUGUUUGAGCAUUUGCCUCAAAUCGGAAGUUUUCCUGAUGUGAACAAUUGUGUGUUGAUUCUUAAAAGUAUGCAUUGGGUUUAUAUUUUUUUAUGUUAUCUGCACCUUUUGAUACGGUCUAAUUUGACGUAAUGUCUUUUGAUAGAGAAAACACAGACAGAUAAAUCAUGACCACCUCCACACAAAAUACUGUUUGCAGUAGCUUUAGAUUUGUUUUUGUUUCAAAAGGUGAAUUACAUGAAGGGGUACCGGUUUUGCUGUAAAUAGGAUUGUCGACUGUUGUAAAUACAAAGUAACUGGAUGUCAUUAUUUAUACAGCUGACUCUGACCAUAAUUUGUUGGCAGUGGAAAACAAAGUCUCUUCAAACUGAGUGAUACUGAUAUCUUUCUCCUUGAAUUUUCCAUUGGCCACUCUUUCUCUAUGGUCUUUUCAACAGUGAAACAGUUUCUCUCAUUAUUACAAACAUUUCAGUAUUAUAAUGGUUUGCUUUGUCAUUCACAGUUAUUUUGAGGUCAGUUUCUUGCGAACUGACUUUGAAAUGAACUUUUUCUGGUCAUUACCUCACAAAGUAAACCAUAAAGUGUAACUGCUGACAAUAAUGUUCUUGUUUACCAGAUAGACUACAUUUCAUCACUGUGCUAGCAAAAUAGCUUAACUCAGAGUUGUGCCAAAACACAACCAAUCUUUUAUUUUGUUUAGUGAUACUAUAUCUAUUUUUCGGUAAAACCAAAACAAAAGUGCGCUGGUAGUCACAAUAAAAAUGUGCGUGGCGAGGUUUACCAUUAUUAGAUGAUUAAAUAGUCUAGUUAAACAGUUGUUUUUUUCCAUUUAUCUCAAAAGUAGCAAAAAUGAGAUGUGCCAUUUUGCUAGCGCAUUGAUGAUUUGUCAUAACACAGAGAUUGUGACAAACAUGACAGGUUUACUCUAUAGUAUAAAGUUUCAGAACACGUUGUAAUUUUGCUUGUUAUUGUUGUCUUUGUAUCAAUUGUUAUUUGGUUCAAAUAGGUUACAGAUGAAAAGUGUCAAAGACAUGAUAAAGCAUUAUAUUUUCAGGCACCAGAACCAAAUGAAAAAUUCUUAAAGUUUUUUACUCUACUCUAUUCAGUAUCUAUAAAGAGUUGACAAAACUGGUGAGCUGUUUGGGGGGGGGGGGGAGGAGGGAAGUCUAGGUAACCUAGAAGAACUGCAUUUGUCUCUGGUGCCAAAGUGUCUUUAGUUAAUUUCAUGUUUGCACGACUGAAUAAUACCUGGUCAUGGAAAAUCAGCGAUGCAUGUUGCAUGUAACGUAAGAUAAUCUUGUCUGGGGAAUAGGAAAGACAGCUUUCAAUUUCAGUUAACCCAUUCCUAUUAUCAGGGAAAGAAGAGGAAAUAUAGUGUUAAUUUUUCACCUCUGAAGUUGAAAUCUUUGUCAGAAUAAUAAACAAUUCCGUUGCGCAUUCAUAUAUGACUUAUGCAGUUGGGAACGCCAUAAAACACUUUCCAAAACAAUAGAAAACAUUUCCUUGAUAGUUUAAAAAAAAACAAUUUCUUUACAGUGCUAACCCUUUCAUGUUCACAUUCUCGGCCAGUAAUGGUCGCUCAUUUUUUCAACUUUCUGUGCUCAAAGCAGCCUCCCGGUGCUCAUAUUCUUUUGCUCUUAACUCUUUCACUACUGGGGGGUUUUCCUCACCUGGACUGGGCCCUUAUUCUGUGACCUACUUUCUGAUUCUGCCUACUGUCGGACAAAUUUAAAGAUUUUUUUAGUUCAAUUUUCAAUAUUAGCCACAUGUAUUAUAUUUGAAAAUAAAGGAGAAAUAAUUACCUGUCUCAACAUGUUGCUAAAAAUUAUAAAUCUUCAGCCUGAGAUUUCAGAUUCGAUUAUUACAAAAAUAGGUAUGAUUUUGAAGUAGAAAGUAACGAGCCGUGAAACACAGCUCGCUGUAGUGAAAGAGUUAACGGAAGUAAGAGUAAAUUCUGAUUGCUGGCCUUUGCUCUGACAAGAUUUCAUCACCAGAAAUGUAAAAAAAAAGGUUUGUUUAAGGUCAGUGGGUUUUUAAAAAAAUCAUAGCCAAGUUUACCAAAAUAUCUUGCCGGAGAAAUGAGCUCGAACACUGAUGGGGCAUUAUUUACUGUCAAGUUUCGGCCAGGGUUUAACGCUAGUGCUGCAGAUUUUUAUAAUUUGUUUAGCCAGUUUUGGCUGGGUUGAACAAAAAAGGGUUAGGUUAUGAUUUUUUUUCUUUGUCUUUGAAUGGCACCACUCUUCUUACCAAUUUAUAAAUGAGUUACAGCCUUUCUGAUACCUUGCCUGGCUGCAACCUAUUUAUUAUUUACGUUUUUGUUCUUAAUAGUGAAUACAGUCUGAAAGAACAUCAUUUUGUUCUUUAUGUUAUUUCUCUUGUUGUGUAGAUGUGACUGAAGACAUGUUCUUUUACUACGAAUGUGGAAAUCCAAUGCAAUAAAUUCUUUGUAUAAU